AAAAGAAUGUCUGAAAAUGGCAGUAUUGUAAAUACAUUCGGUAGAAAAGGGUCAUUAGAACAGAAGAACAGCGGCUGGUAUUUUCAUGAGAAGGUGGACGAAAAUGAAAUGUGCAAGCAGACUAUCUUAUCCUUCUUAAUACCCACCCUGAUCAUUGCAGCAGCCGGAAACCUAAGCAAGAAGAAUCCCACAGGAUGAUUUUGAUUGGCUGCGAACUACAAAUGAAAAAGUCCAACAACACUUCCACCACAAGACCAACAUUCAAAGAUCUCAAUCACUCAUUCAUAUGAAUGGGAAAUGAAAAACUUGUCAUCCCACUGCUCUCCCCUCCAAAACCAACGACAGCUGCCGAAUCCCCGAACCCCAGGAUCAAGACAAGAAGAAGAAAAAGAAAGAAAAGAACAAGACGACGUCGAAAAUCAUUUACAUGAAGUGGAGGAUGAUAGUGAAGCCAGGUGCGAGUGGGAUUUCAAUCUCGCCACCGUUGUUUCUUCUUCCAGCUCCUCCUCCUCGAUCGGCGGAGCUGCUUCCGAUACACUGGGAGUCAUAGAAUUUGACCCUUGUGAUCGGUUAUUGGCCACCGGCGGCAUCUCAAGAAAAAUUCGUAUAUACCGCACCGCGUCUUUGUUGCCCCACGAAGGAUUAAGUUCGUCGUAUGAACAAGUUGCGACGGCCGCGCUAGACCACGCCAAUGCAUGCGACUUCUACAUUUGUACCCCGGCUAAGCUUAGCAGCCUCCGGUGGAAACCGGGGUCGGGCGGAGGUGUGCUGGGGUCGGCGGACUACGACGGGGUAGUAAUGGAGUAUGACCUGGAGAGAAGGUUGCCGGUGUUCGAGCGGGACGAACAUGGGGGCAGGCGGGUAUGGAGCAUGGACUACUCCCCCUCUGAUCCAGUGGUGGGUGCGUCAGGGUCGGACGAUGGCACCAUGCAGGUGUGGGACCCACGGUGCGAGGGAGGGGAGUGCUUGGGGGUGGUGCAGCCCAGCGCGGGGAGGAGCCCAGUGUGUUGCGUGGAAUUCAAUCCAUUCGGUGGCUGCCUGGUCGCCGCAGGAUGUGCUGACCGAAGGGUGUACGGUUACGAUGUGAGGAGGAUGGGGGACCCGGUCCUGGUUUUAGACGGGCAUCAGAGAUCCGUGACCUACAUCAGAUUCCUGGAUCGCCACACAAUGGUGACAGCCGGCAUUGAUGGGUGCUUGAAGACGUGGCACACUGCAGAUCAUCGGCUUAUUCGGACGUACACGGGACACGUCAACGCCAGGAGAUUCGUCGGGUUAUCCGUUUGGAGGGGCGGCGGGCUGCUUAGCUGUGGCUCCGAGGACAAUCAAGUUGUUGUCUACGAUAAGAGAUGGGGCUCGCCUGUUUGGGUCAAGAGAUUCGAGCCAUCCUCUGCUGGAGCUCCGGCUCCAGGUCGAGCUGAAUAUUCCGGGGGGGAAUAUUGCGAGCCUACAGGUGCAGGGUUUGUGAGCAGCGUAUGCUGGAGGCAAAUGGGAGAAGACCAAUGCACACUCGUCGCCGGCGGCUCAGACGGGGUCCUGCAAGUUUUUAGCGGUAGCAGAAGAAGAAUAAGCCAAUAAUAAGGUGAUUCUUCUUAUAGAGUAUUACUCCUACGAAUUGACUCGUGUUUCUAACGUCCGCUAAUUACUUCUCACACAAGAUGCUAAUGCGAUGUUUUUUGUAGUAGAAUAUUUACAUCAAACUCAGCAAAUCUUGAGGGGUAUAUCGUGCUAUUGUCUUCGUGAUGAUUUUUAUGCUGAAUAUACAGUCUUAAUUCUUGAUGUAUUUUACGUGCUCAUUUCCUUCUACCAAUAUACUUGACAACAAUAUUGAUCCAGA